CGUCUGUGACCAGCGACACCCGUGAGCUACGUGUUCACAUCCAGAGCGAAUUUUCCGCUGUGAUGACGUCACGGGUGGCAGGGCGUUGACGUCACAGCGUUGGAGGAGAAGCAGGAGGAAAAAGUGGACAUUCGAAGAUAAAGGAAAGCAUGUUGAAAUGCUCUUAAGGAAAGCUGGCAUCGAAUGAGCUCCAUUGGGUGUUAAACGGUAACGCCCACUGGCCCGCACCACCUGCCAGGGGCGGGCCCCACUUGGCCGUUGGGGAGAAGAUGGCGGCCGCCCUCCACCAAUGAGCUAAGCCCCUCCUCCACAUCCUUGGGGUCACCGUCGGUUGCAGCGUGGUGACUCCUCUCCUAAAGACUGGCAGUGGACUACUAUGGCAAUGCAUGAUAUGAGUGGUGCCAAGGGUUUCCCCUGUAAAGAAUGUGAUAUGGUCUGCCCCAGUACUCCCAGUCUUCUAGAGCACAUGAAAGCACAUUACCAGCAAGCAGAAAGUGCACGUUUUGAGUGUGAACAGUGUGGCCGACUUUACAAGCACGCAGCUAGCUUAGCCAACCACAAAAAGUCUCACGAAGUGGGCUCCUUCCAGUGUCCUGUUUGCACCCGGACCCUGCCCAACGCCGUGGCCCUCAAGAACCACCUUCGCAUACACACGUUGUCCCCAAGCAGCGUGCACGCCGAGGAAGAGAGCGAGGAGACGCCAGAGGAAGGAGGUCAUCACGAGAGGGACUACACCCUUGCUCAGGACCUCCCGGACAGCUUUGGUCGCCCUCUUCUGAACAACAGCGCCCUGCAGGGUCACGAAGCGGACGAAAACGACAAGAAAAGUUCCCCCGGGUCGGACGACGCCUGGGACCGACCGUUCAAGUGUGACCAGUGCGACAGAACCUACCGGCACCACGGCAGCUUGGUGAACCACAAGAAGUGUCACCAGCAAGGAAGCUUUAAGUGCUCCGUGUGCUUCAAACAAUUCAGCAACCUGGCCGGCCUCAACAGCCACGAGAGAACCCACUCCAAGUUUAAGAACCCGGCUGCGUCCAUGGUGAGCAGCAGCAGUAGCAGCAGCCUCCUCGAGUCGGAGCGCCGUGCCGGCAGCUCUCAGCCCACCCAGAGCGACGCCACCAACACUUGCUUCUGCCACCUGUGUCAGAUCGUGCUGCCCAACAAGGCCGACUUCCAGGAGCACGUUCUCCUGCACAACACGACCUCACCUUCCCUUGGACUCUCCCGCAGCUUCCCUGGCAUCAUGCCCCAUAAUCUGAGUACGGUUCGAUCUCCGGCCUACACCCCAACGCUUGGGGACCCCUUACCCCUGCCGCCUUUGCCCGCUGAUAAAAGGGGUCCCUAUGACCCCAUCAUGGGCCCUCCUGUCAACAAUCCCAUCUACACGUGUGCGUACUGUGGCGCAGGACAUCCUGACUUGGAGACUCUCAAAGUACACUACCUGACGCAUGACCCCCACUCUGCCUCCCAUGGCCAGGAUAGUGCCAUCCUCAACUCGGACACACUAAGUUCUGGCUCACAGGGGUCGGUAUCGUCUCCUUCUGGAGGUCGCGUGGCCCAGCCCAGUUCUCCUGAGGACGUGGAGCGUCGCUUCAAGUGUGGUGAGUGCGGCAAGAGCUACCGGCACGCGGGCAGUCUGGUCAACCACAAGCGCUGCCAUCAGACGGGUCACUAUCAGUGUAGCGUCUGUUGUAAACAAUACCCUCAUCUGGCGGCUCUGCACAGCCACCUGCGAAGCCACAAGGGGCGCGCCUCCAACCAGCCUCUCAACGACGGCAACGACUGGCUAUCUCCAGAGCCGCUCACGCUGGAAUCUCAGCAGAGUUAUGUGCAGGAGGGCAGUGGCACCACCACUCCCAUCGCGCUUCCUGGAAACCUUGCUGACCCUGCCCACUUUGUAUCGGAUGGAGGACACAGCAACGCUUUGGACUCCCUCGAGUUUCACGACCGCUUUGACAGCAGCUCCAUUUCCCAAAGCAGCUCGACUCACCGACAGGCCGACCGCCACGUGUGCGCUGACUGCGGUGAGAUGUACGCUGACGUGUCUGGUAUUAAGACACACAUGUGCCCGCGCCGUGGUCAGCCUCCUCCUCCUCCUCAGCAGCAGCAGAGUAACAUGUCCAACGGCUUUCUAGGCAACAUGAGCUACCAUGGCACCAGUGCCACCUCCAUGGCCACUGGCAGCACAAGCAGCCUGAAGGAGGGAAGCAGCCAACGACCGUACUCCCAGACUGGAGGUAAGAGAAUGGCCAAUGCUGACAAGGAUGAUGAUGAUGACGGAGAAGUAUACCAGUGCUCCGUGUGCGGGAACCACUAUGCCAGUCUCAGAGCCCUUCGGAGCCAUCUGCGGAGUCAUGCCAAUAAUCCCACUGGUCCUGGACCGUCCAGCCUGGAGCAGGAUUGGAGGAUGAUCUGCUCCACAUGUGGACAAAGUUUCUCCAGGAAGCAGGACCUCCUAAAUCAUCAGCUAGUCCACGGCCCGCAAAGGCCAGACGGCCAGCAGCAGGGCAUCGGAGGCACUUCGGCCAAUGGCGGGGACAAGAUGGACGGCCGCAGCCACAUUUGUGUGGACUGCGGUAUGUUUUUUGCUGACCGUCACCACCUGAUCACCCACCUGUGUCCUGGUAAGAAUCGGGCCAGCUCAGUGGCUAAGCAGGGCCUCACUGGAGCCAAAGGGAUGUCUGGAGGCGAAGGCAUCGGCGGUGGGGUUGCAGGAGGAAGCCGUGACUUUGCCGGGAACGGGCGUAGGCCGAUGAUGGACCAAAGUGACAAACCCCACAAGUGUGAGCAGUGCGGGCGAGGCUACAGACACCCGUGCUCCCUCCUAAACCACAAAAAGUCUCACAAGACAGGUGUGUUCCGCUGCUUGGUGUGUCAGAAACGUUACUACAACCUGCUGGCCCUCAAGAACCACCAGAGGACUCACUUUGAUCUCAAGAGGCACAAGUGUGAAGAAUGUGGAAAGGCCUUCAAGAUCCAAAAACAACUGAUUAACCACUUACGUCUCCACGAGGAACACCGGGCCAAAGGUCUGGUUCGCACCGGCCCAAAUGUUUCACGCUUCCAGCAGUCCGGACCAUCUCAACUGCAGAGCAUGCGAGGGGAGUCAUCAAAGGGCCCCGCCAUGAACAUCAAAUAUGCCCAUCAGGGCUUCAAAAAGCCCUACUCGUCUGCCGGAACAUCCAGGCCACAGAAGUUUGACCCGGCUGAGAGUGGACGGCGGCCUUUCGCCUGCGAGGAAUGCGGAAAGACGUACCGGCAUGCGGGCAGCCUGGCCAAUCACAAGAACCUCCACAAAAUUGGCGAGUACCACUGCAAUGUGUGCAACUCCACAUACCCCAACAGGCUGGCCAUGAAGAAUCACCUGCGGCUCCACUUCGCCCAGAAGAAGCACAACUGCCAGGAGUGUGGGAAAGGUUUUCGCACCCAGAGGCAGCUGGCUACGCACACCACGGCCGGCCUGUGCAAGGGCCCGCAGGGUCCCGGCGCACAGAUGGAUUUCGAGUGCGACGGCUGCUGCGAAGGCUUCCCCUCAGCCGAAGAUUUGGCGGCGCACGACUGCCCCGCCCAGCACCUGCCGUCGUCCUCAUCGGGCGGUAGCUCGUCCAAUGUCAGCAUGGAGAGGAGCUCAGUGGACCUGGACUCGGACGAGAGGCCCUAUGCCUGUGACCUCUGCAGCUGCGCCUACAAGCACGCCAGCUCCUUGCUCAACCACAAGCACACGCACAAGACGGGCAACUUCCGCUGCAACUUCUGCGACAAGCCCUACACCAACUACAUGGCCCUGCGCAACCACAUGCGCAUACACACGCAACGCAAGAAGCACAUCUGCCACACAUGCGGGAAAGCCUUCCGCCUUGCCCGCUUCCUCCGCAACCACCAGAAGGUUCACGAGGAGGGCGCCACGCCCUUUGGCUGCCCUACCUGCGGGAAGAGCUUCCAGGGGAGGUCGGGUCUGGCCAGACACCGCUGCGGGGACAACCAGGUAGGCAUGGAAGUCAGGAGGAAGCCGACCGCCGCCACAGGAGAAGGCGAAGAAUGUCGGUACACGUGUGACCAAUGCGGACGCUCCUAUCGCCAUGCCAGCUCCCUCCUCAACCACAAGAACACCCACACGCUUGGCAUCUACCACUGUGCUGUGUGCCUCAAGACCUACUCCAACCUCCUGGCCCUCAAGAACCACCGCCGCAUCCACUCGGAGACACGGCGCCACUGCUGCCAUGACUGCGGCAAAGGAUUUUGUGUUUCCUCGCAGCUCUACAAUCACCGGCGAGUGCAUCAGAAGCAGCGGGAGCUGACCUGCAUCUCAUGCCAGCGCUCCUUCCCGACCCGGGCCAGCUUCCGACUGCACAUGGAGAUCAGCCACGACCAGCCACCCCAGCCCCAAAGGCCACGCCCCCCCCGUCACCAGCUGAGCUGGGGCUCAGGCCUGGACCUCACUUUGAUGCAAGAGCAGGGACUGCACCCCAGUGCCCACCAGGCGCUGCCCAGGGCGCACGUGUGUGACCAGUGUGGUCGGUCCUACCGCCACGCCAGCUCCCUCGUCAACCACAAGAACAGUCACAAGACCGGAAGCUUCUUGUGCAACUCGUGUCACAAAGAGUUCCCCAACCUGAUGUCCCUCAAGAACCACCGCCGCAUCCACACCGAGCCCAAACGCUACGAGUGUCCCGAGUGCGGCAAGUCGUUCCGCGUGUCCACGCAGCUCAUCUGCCACCGCCGCAUGCACACCAAGGAGAAGCCCUUCACGUGCACGCACUGUGACAAGCGCUUCUCGUCCAAGUCCAAUCUCAGGCACCACAUGAAGGUGCACUUGGCACCAGCCAAUUACCGGGGCCUGCCCCGCACCCCCUUCAUUUAAGUAUGCAUUCUCUUGGGGCCGCGUGCUCCACAGUGACACGCCCACCUGACAAUACUGGAGUGACUCACAUGAAGGGUGGAGCCAAGGCAAAGACGUUGGAGAUGUGGUUUAUCUUCACUGGUGGCCUUUGUCACGAGUUUUCAUGUAGGGGGCGGAGCUUGUUUUUCCUUAUUUUGUGCAAGACAGGUGGCUUACGGACCCAUAGCCCCUCGCCCGACCCCCCGCCUAACACUUCUCUAAAUGGACAGUGGUGGUCACAUGACCACCUUGUAUCUAUGUAUCCUUGAUUUUAAAUGUCGCAGUCACUUGGCAUCUUUGGCCUGAGUUGAGGGCUUUUAGGCGUGUCUUUCAGGAAAAGGACUACAGCUCCGCGUCCUCGCCACUGACCUCAUUUAUUUAUAUGAUUAACAGGUGUAAUAGUGUGUAGUGGUCUUUAGAGCUAUUACCAUAAGCCCUCCACCCCGAGUCUAAAAGGGACUUUGAUGUAGCUUGCUGUAUUUAUUCUUCCAGCGUUGGACGAGCAGUGGUGCUAGCUUAGAAAACAAAAGCGUCAUGUGAUGUAAGCCACCACCUUUCACUUUGUUUGUGCGCUUAGUUUCAGUCAUGUGACACCGUCAAUACACUUUUAUAAACCAUUUUUUGAUAACGUAUAACCUUCACUGCUGAGUACUGACAAUAAAAACACCUUAGCGUUAGCAUGCUUGUCUGCGUACCGCAAAAUACGCCAGAACAACCCGUGUGGUGUGUGACAUCUCGCCAAGCUAGACCCCUGACAGCAUCUCGUGUGUCUGAAAGAAGAGACUUACCUCCCAGGCAUGCACAGCAGGCUCCUCCCAGUCCUUCAUGGUACAACUUUUAGCUUACACCCCACUCGUUUGCGCUUAACUUCCUUUUACGCUUCUUUCACGCAUUCACAUACCUCAUGUCAUCUUGUCUAUCGAUACACGCACACAUCAUGUAAACAUCUGUGUCUCCAUUCACACACGUAUGUCCAUUCACACACACACAUCAUGUAAACAUCUGUCUCUCCAUUCACACAUGUAAAUCCAUUCAUCUGUCUCUCCAUUGGCACACGAUUGUCCAUUCACACACGCAUUGUGUAAACAUCUGUCUGUCCACUCACACACGUAUGUCCAUUAAACACAUUAUGUAAACAUCUCUCUCCACUCACGUAUGUCCAUUCACACACACACGUAAACAUCUCCAAUCACACACAUAAACAUCUCCAUUCACACACGUAUGUCCAUUCACACACACAUCAUGUAAACAUCUCUUUCCACUCACACACAUCAUGUAAACAUCUGUCUCCAUUCACACACGUAUGUCCAUUCACACACACACAUGUAAACAUCUCUCUUCAUUCACACACAUGUGUCCAUUCACACACACACAUCAUGUAAACAUCUGUCUCCAUUCACACACGUAUGUCCAUUCACACACACACACAUCAUGUAAACAUCUCUCUCCACUCACACACAUAUGUCUAUUCACACACACACACACACAUCAUGUAAACAUCUGUCUCCAUUCACACACGUAUGUCCAUUCACACACACACACAUCAUGUAAACAUCUCUCUCCACUCACACACAUGUCUAUUCACACACACACACACACAUCAUGUAAACAUCUCUUGUCUCCAUUCACACACGUAUGUCCAUUCACACACACACAUCAUGUAAACAUCUCUCUCCAUUCACACACGUAUGUCCAUUCACACACACAUCAUGUAAACAUCUCUCCAUUCACACACGUAUGUCCAUUCACACAUCAUGAAAACGUCUCUCUCCAUUCACACACGUAUGUCCAUUCACACACAUCAUGUAAACAUCUGUCCAUACACACAUGGAUGUGCAUUCACGCACACGUGACCUAAAGCUCAAACGUACAUGAUACACAGAACAUAAAGUGUCCUUGAGUCUUGUAAAGACGCUGGAUAAAUGUAGACUAUUAUUAGCAUUAUUUACAUUAGUAGUAGUAGUAUUACAUAAAGCUGCAUCCAUCCAUUCACACACACAGCAAGAGGGGGCGUGGCUUUGAGCAGGCAAACAGGAAGUAGUAGACAAAGAGCAACACUGAACAAUCCUUUAUUUAUUCAUGUUUCAAUAUUUGUGUAUUUUUUAUUUGAAAUUAAAAUGUUGGACACACUUAUAAAAGACA